AUGGGCUCCUUAGGCCACGAAAAGGUUACGAUCGCUGUCAUCGGCGCUGGUGUCAUCGGGUCUCAUCAUGCGAGUCUCGUUGCGAACUGCCCGGACAGCUGUCUGAGCGCGAUCGUGGACCCCACAGAGGCUGGCCGCCUCUUGGCUGAGGAAUAUGGCUGCGAAUACUUUACGGAUACCACAGGCUUGCUGCAGUCUCCGAGCCACGUCGAUGCCGCGAUUGUCUGUACCCCGAACAGCACACACGAACCCAUCUCGAAGCUGCUCUCAGAGUACGGCAUCCACCUUCUCAUUGAGAAGCCGGUCACGACAACCGUGGAAGAAGGGAAAGCUCUGCUCAAAGUCUGUCGACAAAAUGGGAUUCGCGUCUGUAUUGGUCAUCACCGACGCUCGCAUCCCUCUAUAGAAGCUGCCAAGCAGUCUCUUGAUACCGGAAGCAUCGGGCAAUGUAUUGGCGUUUCUGGGGUAUGGGUCGCACUGAAGCCGAAUGAGUACUUUAACGGACCUGGUGCUUGGCACAGGGAGAAAUCUGGCGACGUCGUGCUGAUCAACUUGAUCCAUGAGGUGGAUCUGCUUCAGUACCUCCUUGGUCCGAUUCAGAGAGUAUUUGCCGAGAGCUCUAUAUCAUCGCGAGGGUAUGCAGCUGAGGAGGGAGUGGCGAUAACACUGAAGUUCACCUGUGGAGUCGUGGGGACGUUUUUGGCAUUGGACAACGCAGCAAGCCCGUUCAGUAUCGAGGGUGCAAUUGGCGAGAGCCCACUAUACCCGUUCACGGGUAAGGACUGUUAUCGAUUCUUCGGCUCCAGGGGUACAUUGACGGUACCUGAUGGAAGACUGUGGCAACCAGAAUGUUUGGACAAGGGCCGACUGAGUGGAAUGAAACAGUCGCAACUGCAGUGGAAUCACCAAGAUGCCUACCAGCGUCAGGUUCGCAACUUCAUAAAUGUGGCUCGAUGCCUAGAGGAGCCUGUUUGUUCCGUUGUCGAUGGUCUUUCGGCGGUAGCUGUGUGUGAAGCAGUCCGACGCUCUCUUAGUGAGGGCUCCCCCGUGGAUGUGGAACAAAUAGAUUGA